AUGGCAAACAACACUGUGAAGCGUGUGCUUAUACUAUACAAUCCAAAACCAGAGCACACAAGCGACAUUAUAGAUCAUUUCUGCGACGCUUUAAAUGCUGCGAAACCCUAUGAAUGCGUCAAAGUCUCGCCUGAUGACGACAUUGUGGAAUUUUCGGAAAACGAACGCGAAGCAAUCAAGGAACGUUUUGUGAAAUGGCUGGAGUUCCCUAAUAACAUUGUUGUUGUGUGUAUCUCGAGCUCAAUACCGCGUGAAGAUUUUACUAAAGACCAAGUACAGCUAAGGAGCAAAAUAUUUCCUGUUUGUUUUGGAAAUAAGAUUCCUUCUCACUGGCUUCCAGGUGAAUGUUACAGUCUUGGUUUGGCGGACACCGCAGCGAUAAAUGAGCCGAAUCAAUUUAAAGGCGACGGCUGGGACAUGCUUAUGGCUGCCAUUCGAGGAGCGAAAUAAAACACUGAUCAAGAACUCUAGAUCCUCAUAGAAAUGAGACAUUUUUCGUCGGCGUGUGCAAGAUUUUUUCUGUCCUGGCCAGCUUGCUAACAGUCCAAAGUUCGAUAUUUUAUCCGGCCGCUGUAGUUGAGAAAAUCAGUUUAGAAGGUAGGAGCGUAAAUCUCACUUUAUUGAAAAAAACAUUUUUUUAGAAUAGAUCUCGAAGACAAGGGCUUGGUGCCGUUCGAGAAACGUAAUAAAACACUGAAUAAGAACUCUUCAUAGAAAUGGAACACUUCUGUUACUAUGCAAGAUGUUUUCGCUGUUCAGGCCAGCUUAUUUGAAGGCAUUUUUAUCAGUCCAGCUUACUUGAAGGCACUUUUAUCAGUCCAAAGUUCGCUUUCCGAUCCCGCCGUAGUUCAGUUCGAAAUGUUUUUAAAAGGUAGAUAUCAUUUUAUCAAAAUAUUUUCUUAGAAUAAGGUAAUUAAGCAAGAAAACUUUAAAUUUCAGUUUUAUGAACAAAGUUCAGUUAUAUCAGGCGAUACCGCGUGAUCAAAAUAAGUAUAAAUUAGCGAGCUUCCAGCGCUCACCAAAUAAAAUAAUAAUAAUAAUAACCCAGAAAAGUCGUGAAUUCAGCAGACGGAUUUUAUACAAACUUAAAAAAUUCAUGUACCAUUCUAUUAUUUUUUUGAAAAGAUUAGCGACUGUGGAGUUUUUUAAUUAAAGGUUGCUUUGAAAUGUACGAAUGUUGUGGAAUGUUUUUUCUUGAUUACAAUCAAAAUUACAGAAAGAUCAGAAUGACGCAUAACUGUGUUCUUUGCGUGUUAAAUUUUUUUGCGAUUCAUUAAAAGUUCUGGGAUUUUUCGGCAAUGUAAUAUUCUAAAUAGAAUAAGAAUGGCAGACUAAAAUGAGACAAAUUACGAGCAGAUGAAGGUAGUUGAAAGAAUGAAAUCAGAUAAAGCCUUAUUUGGGCGCUGUAAAGCUCAACCUUAAAUUACAAAAAAAAAUAUUUUUUAUGGUUUCUCAAGGGAAGUAUUUAAAAAAAAUCCACCUGAUGAGUUCUAUUCUCCUUGUCAUAUGAUUUUUUUCUCUUUUACCUAGAAAGGGAUUACAAUAAAUUAGAUCCAAAUAAAGUCAUUUUGAAAGAUGUCACACUUUCCGGUUUUGGGUUGGUAUCACAUCCGUUUUGGUUUUUGAGCCAAUCAAGAGCCAGAAUAGAGCCAAACCUUCCUUUGCGUGACCUGUGGGUUGUUGAUUUGGCUCCGAAUUAUUUUUAAGUGUUUCUCGACUAUUUAAAGGGUUCAAGCGUCCAACUUCUCGUGUGCUUAGUUCAAGCAUUGACUUAACUCACGGGAAGUUGGACGUUUGGACUGUAAUCGACGAAAUUCUUGCUCUCGAACUGUGAAAAGCCGAUCGGUUUUGCAUCCUACGUGAAUUUUCACUUAUCAGACGUUACAACUAUAAUCACUGGUCCGAUUUCUCACGAUUCCAAUUUGCAAUGGGAAAGGACUCCAAACAGACGAAAGAUGUCAGAGCCGCGAAACUCACUCCUAUCAGCAGUAGAAAAGGGGGAACUAAGCAUGCGCUUUUCCUGUACAAAUCAACAUCAGAGCGCUCGAGUGAAAUUAUGAAAUAUUUCUACGACGCUUUGAAUCAGGUCAACCCUCCUGGUUGUGUGGCGAUGUCAAGAAAAAACGCUGUCAACUUAUUGGAACAUGAUAAUGUAUUAAUCAAAGAUCGAAUUUUGAAAUGGCUGGCAGUUCCUAACAAUAUCGUCAUUUUGUGUAUCUCGAGCUCAAACGAUCAAUCGGUAAUAAUACCGCGUGAAGACUUCACCAACGAUCAAGGAAAGCUACCGAGCAAACUACUUCCUUUAUGCUUUGGAACGGAGAUCCCUUCACAAUGGUUUGGGGGUAAAUGUUACAGCCUUGGUGUGGAAAUCCCCGAUAAGAUACAGCGGCCGAACGAAUUUGAAGGCAAGGGCUUAGAUUCACUUGUAGCGGCGAUCCUAGGAGUCGCGUAA